UGUGCUGUGGCCUGUGUGUAAUUUGAAUAACGAAUUUGCAUUCUACAAUUUGAUCAUGUCGAAUCCAACCGGAAGCAGUUUCCAAUGGGACAAGCUGUCACCCGCAGAGUUCCAACAGCUGCAGGAACUCACAUCAUAUUCAAGCAGAAAACUGGAAGAUGUGCUCAAAGAAUUGGCAGAAGUUAAGAAACAGAAUCCAGAUGGUGACAUCGACUAUGAAGGUUUCCGGUGGUUUUUGGACACAUUCCUUGAAGUAACAACGCCUGAUGAGCUUUCCCGACACCUCUUCCUGUCGUUCGUGCGAAGGGACAAGAGACCGGCCCUUCGGGAAAUGGCUGCGGCUAGUUCCACAACGGCCUGCGCUCCUGUUACCUCCCAUGCUGACCACCAGGGAAAACUCAGUUUCGCAUCCAAGAUCCACGUUCUGGCAGAGAGAUUACAGCAGCUUGGAAAAAGCUCCGGCGAUUCCGUAGAUGGCAGCGAUAAAGGGUCUAGAAGCAGAACUGGUAGCGUACACCCAAUGUUCGCCGUGACCACUCACCCUUCAUACUCGUCACAUGAACUGUGUCUCGGGCGCCUGGAGAACAGUCCGAGUCACAGUCAAAUGUCGCGCAACUCUAGCAGGAAGAGCAGCAACUCCUUGCGGGUCAACCAGUCCACUAAAAUAGAAGAUUAUAAGCACCUAAUGCGCCGCCCAUCCACAAUAGAAGUUCACACGGCUCGAGUUUCACUCAAGGACAUAGUUUGCUACCUUUCCCUUCUAGAAGCUGGAAGACCAGAAGAUAAAUUGGAAUUCAUGUUCCGCCUCUACGACACCGAUGGAAAUGGAGUGUUGGAUACCAAUGAAAUGGACUGCAUCGUCAACCAGAUGAUGACUGUUGCUGAAUAUUUAGGAUGGGAGACUUCUGAGCUAAGACCGAUAUUGCAAGACAUGAUGGUGGAAAUAGACUACGAUGCAGAUGGGACCGUCUCGCUCGACGAAUGGAAAAGAGGGGGCAUGACAACAAUACCAUUGCUUGUACUCCUCGGACUUGACACAAAUGUCAAAGAAGAUGGCGAGCAUGCUUGGAGGUUAAAGCACUUCAACCGCCCAGCGUAUUGUAACCUGUGUUUGAAUAUGCUCGUUGGGCUAGGGAAAAAGGGCCUUUGUUGCAUAUUCUGUAAAUUCACGGUGCAUGAGCGCUGUGUGCAGCGGGCACCGGCAUCCUGCAUCGCGACCUACUCCAAGUCUAGGCGAGCCCCGGCCACAUUGGCUCAUCAUUGGGUGGAAGGAAACUGUCACGGAAAAUGCGCAAGGUGUCGGAAAAAGAUUAAAGGCUACAAUGGAAUCACGGGCCUGCACUGCAGAUGGUGUCAUAUCACUCUCCAUAACCGUUGCGUAGGCAGUGCUGGAGGUGCCUGCACUUUGGGACGUCAUGCCAAACACAUUCUGCCACCGACCGCAAUUCGACCGCUCGUGCUUGACAGACAACGAUCGCUCCCACAUCGAAACAACACUGAACAGCAAAAUAUACCCGUCUCAAUCUCAUUGCCGGUCUCUAUAUCGGUGCCAGCGGAAGAAAAAAAAGAAGAGAAGAGAGAACAUCGAGCUCCACCGAUCUCCUUUCAAAUCACUCCACUCGAGGAUACGUGUCCCUUGCUCGUGUUUAUCAACCCUAAGUCGGGCGGGAGGCAGGGUUCAAGGGUGUUGAGGAAGCUCCAGUACAUCUUGAAUCCGCGGCAAGUUCAUGAUAUAGCCAAGGGUGGGCCUAUGCCAGGUUUACAAAUGUUCAAAGAUGUGAAAAACUACAGGGUUAUUUGCUGCGGUGGCGAUGGUACAGUCGGCUGGGUUCUGGAAACGAUGGAUAAGAUAGAGACAGAAAAUCGCCCCGCGGUAGGUGUUAUACCUCUUGGAACUGGUAAUGACCUGGCCAGAUGCCUUCGCUGGGGUGGAGGGUACGAGGGUGAGUCGAUCCACAAGAUUUUGGACAAAAUAGCGCGCGCAAGCACCGUUAUGAUGGACCGAUGGCAGAUACAUGUCGAAAACUCCAAUGACGAGUGUGAAAGUGUCCAAAUGCCAGACUCGGCGCCUCACCCAACAUCGGUCCCAUACAAUAUAAUCAACAACUAUUUCUCCGUUGGCGUGGACGCAGCAAUCUGCGUGAAGUUCCACACAGAAAGGGAAAGGAACCCGGACAAAUUCAGCUCCCGGAUGAAGAACAAGCUAUGGUACUUCGAGUUCGCAACGUCGGAACAGUUCGCCGCCAGCUGCAAGAAUCUGCAUGAGAACAUUGAUAUUGUGUGUGACGGUUCAUCGCUGGAGCUGUCGAAGGGCGUAGCCCUACAGGGCGUAGCGCUGCUCAACAUUCCCUACGCGCACGGGGGCUCCAACCUGUGGGGCGCUAGCGGAGCGCAUCGGAGAGGGCGCUUCCCUAACGCACAACAAGAUAUAGGCGACAAGUUAAUAGAGGUGAUCGGUUUGGAAAACUGCCUACAUAUGGGACAAGUUCGGACAGGUCUCCGUGCGUCUGGUCGUCGUCUCGCACAAUGCAGCUCCAUAACAAUCACGACCAAACGCACUUUCCCCAUGCAGAUCGACGGGGAACCUUGGAUGCAGCCGCCUUGCAAGAUUACAAUAACACACAAGAACCAAGUACCAAUGCUUAUGGGGCCAGCGCCAGAGAAGGGACGCAGCUUCUUCAAACUGUUCACCCACUGCUAAGUCUCGCUCACUCAUUCCAAUAUAACUAGUUACAGUUUAAAAAGAGACAGAUAUAUCGACUCUGUCACGUUAGCAUCGAUGUUACAUUGUUGUUUGCAGGGCUUGAAACUGAUUUCGAAAUAACCAAUAUUUCUACCGAUAACUUAAAAUAUAAAGAUUUGGGAACGGUAUAUCAAACCCCUUUUGACGUGACAACGUCUUAUAAUUCGA